AUGAAAGCAGUACACGGCUUAACUAGGUUUAGUGUAUCACAUCUAAAUCGGUUUAAUAUAUGUUGUCUGGAUUUUUCAUCGAGACUACAGGUGCGACAUAGUGCCACCUUAUUAAACUCACAUUUUAAGUUAUUAGCACCUACAGCGGUUAAAAUUAGAAGUUUGGGGCUUGGACCAACUUCUAAGGAUUUCGAUGAUCAGCCACAAGCACAAAUUACUAGUCCUUUGACAAAACUACACGCUAAUGAACUUGUGCUACACUUAAAUGAUGAAGAAAGAAAAGUGUUGCUCCACGCCUUACAACAGUACGAAUCUACAAGAAUUAAGGAAGAUUAUGAAGAUAAGUUAGCUGGUAGAAGAUGGCGCAGCAAGUUAGGGAGACCAAGCAAGGUACCAACAUUAGGAGACGUAGACCCCACAGGUUCCUAUUGUGAGGUGCCAGAUGACUGGCUCAAGAAAAAGUAUGCGGCUAAGGUGCCAGCACCCACCACAAAGGAGUUGUUACACUUGUCGAUGGCAAAUGCCAUACCUUUCAUUGGAUUUGGAUUCUUGGACAACUUUAUCAUGAUCAUUGCUGGGGACAGUAUAGAAACAGGCAUGAGUGCAUACAUUACGUUGUCAACGAUGGCUGCGGCGGCGUUGGGGAACACGCUCAGUGACGUCAUCGGCAUCGGCUCUGCUUACUACGUAGAACGAGUCGCCUCCUUGGUCGGCCUGGGCGCACCCAAGCUAUCUCCUGUUCAGCUCGAUAUGACUAUUUCCAGGCGGUUCUCAAACCUGGGACGCGUUGUCGGUAUCACAGUAGGCUGCAUUCUGGGAAUGACGCCAUUGCUCUUCAUGGAUGAAGAUUCCAAAUCCGAACAAAAAAAUGAGAUGAUAUAG